ACUUUACAGGAGCACUACAUCCGGGUAACCGCUGGGGUCCUGACAGCGCGGGCGAAUAAAUCGUUUGCUAAAUAUUCAGAGCAGCAUGUCUGGAAGAGAAGGAGGUAAAAAGAAACCCCUCAAGGCUCCCAAAAAGCAGUCGAAGGAUAUGGACGAUGAGGACAUGGCUUUCAAACAGAAACAGAAAGAGGAGCAGAAAGCAAUGGAACAGUUGAAAGCCAAGGCUUCUGGAAAAGGACCUUUAACUGGAGGUGGAAUCAAGAAGUCUGGGAAGAAAUGAAUGUGUGUUCGUGUAUAUUUACUUGACUUUUCAACCAACUCAUAACUUGGGUCCACAGUGGCAGCGUAAAACUUUUUUUUGGUAGUUUAUAUUUCUCUUGAAGAGGAAUAAAGUUUGUAAUGACUGUA